GGACGGGAGCGCGCGGCCAGCUGUGAGGGGAGCAGAGGAAAACGGCUGGAGUACUAAAGAGACAAAGAACCGCUGCUUCACAUCUCAUAAUCUCCAAAAAGUUGGAAGCCUCAAAGUCAGCGUGUUAGAAAGUGUCUACUUCUUGUUCUUCGUCUGUCAAAAUCACUGUCUUUUCCUUCCUUGUCCCGCAUAAUGCUGCGCCCAGUUGCUAUCCACUGUCUCUUGUCCACCUUGCUGUGCAUGAUGGCGCAGUGUAAUGCUCAGUCAGCCUCUAGUUCCCCUGUAAUCCAACUACGUCUAGCCGGGGAGAAGCGGAAACACUACGAAGGCCGGGUGGAAGUUUUCUACAAUGGAGAGUGGGGGACAGUGUGCGAUGAUGACUUCUCCAUCACUGCUGCCCAAGUGGUGUGCAGAGAGCUCGGCUUCAUGAAUGCCGAGUCGUGGUCGCCCUCUGCCAAGUACGGAAGAGGAGAAGGCCGGAUCUGGUUAGACAAUCUGCACUGCGCUGGUGGAGAGAAGAGCCUGGCUCAGUGUCACUCCAAUGGCUUUGGAGUGUCGGACUGCAAACAUUCAGAAGAUGUCGGAGUGGUGUGCACCCAAAAGCGCAUUCCAGGCUUCAAGUUCCUCCAGAACCUGGCCAACAACGAUCAGGGUUUAACGGUACAGGUGGAGGAUGUGAGGCUCAGGGCCACUUACUCUCAGAGGAAAAGGAUUCCAAUCACUGAGGGCUUUUUGGAGGUGAAAGAUGGAGGAAAAUGGAGACAGAUCUGCAAUGAGGAGUGGACAGAAAAGAACAGCAGGGUCAUCUGUGGCAUGUACGGCUUCCCUGGAGAGAAACGCUUCAAUGCCCGACCCUACAAAUUGCUGGCCACGCGUCGUAAGAAGAACUUCUGGGGUUUCUCUGUCAACUGCACAGGCAACGAGGCUGACCUGUCCGAUUGUAAGAUGGGUGGAGAGAUAAAGCGAAAGGGCAACAGCACCUGUGAGCAGGGCAUGCCUGUAGUGGUCAGCUGUGUGCCUGGACGGGCCUUUGCUCCCAGUGUCAGCGCCGGCUACAGGAAGGCCUACAGGUUGGAGCAACCCCUGGUGCGUCUUAGAGGCGGAGCAAUGAUUGGUGAGGGGCGAGUGGAGGUGUUGAAGAACGGGGAGUGGGGGACAGUGUGUGACGACAACUGGAACAUUCGAGCUGCCACCGUUGUGUGUCGAGAGCUGGGGUUCGGUACCGCCAAAGAGGCCUUGAGUGGUGCCCGACUAGGACAAGGGAUCGGGCCGGUCCACAUGAACGAGGUGGAGUGCUCUGGGUUUGAAAAGUCACUGACUGAGUGCUACUUCAACCGUGAUGCUGUGGGCUGCAGCCAUGAGGAAGAUGCAGCUGUCAGGUGUAACAUUCCUGCCAUGGGCUUCAACAAAAGACUCCGGUUAAAUGGCGGCCGUAAUCCUUAUGAGGGUCGUGUGGAGGUUCUGGCAGAGAAGAAUGGCUCUCUGGUGUGGGGCACAGUGUGCAGUGACAGCUGGGGGACCAUGGAGGCCAUGGUAGUGUGCAGACAGCUGGGCUUGGGCUUUGCUAGUCAUGCUUUCCAGGAAACAUGGUACUGGCAAGGAGAUACCUCGGCUGAUGCUGUUGUGAUGAGUGGAGUGAGAUGUUCAGGAACUGAGAUAACUCUGGAUCAGUGUCUACAUCACGGGAAACACAUUCUCUGUCCCAAAGGCGGUGGACGCUUCGCUGCGGGGGUCUCCUGUACUCAGGCGGCCCCAGACCUGGUCCUUAGUGCCCAGGCUGUGGAGCAGACCACCUACCUGGAGGACAGACCCAUGUACGCGCUGCAGUGUGCCCAUGAGGAGCGCUGUCUGUCCAGCAGUGCUGACAAAGCCGACCCCAGCUCCUACCGCCGCCUUCUCCGCUUCUCUUCCCGGAUCCACAACAAUGGCCAGUCAGACUUCAGGCCACGGGCCGCACACCACUCCUGGAUUUGGCACGAGUGUCACAGACAUUACCACAGUAUGGAGGUUUUCACCCACUAUGACUUGCUGACUCUAAACGGCACUAAAGUGGCAGAGGGACACAAAGCCAGCUUCUGUUUGGAGGACACUUACUGUGACGAGGGUAUCCAGAAGAGGUAUGAAUGUGCAAACUUUGGGGCACAAGGCAUCACAGUUGGCUGCUGGGAUACCUACAGGCACGACAUUGACUGUCAGUGGAUUGACAUUACAGAUUUGAAGCCUGGCGACUACAUCUUCCAGGUUGUGAUAAACCCCAACUAUGAGGUUGCAGAAUCAGAUUACACCAACAACAUUAUGAGGUGCCGCUCCCGGUACGAUGGACAGCGGAUAUGGACAUACAACUGUUAUAUAGGUGGCUCACGGAGUACAGAAACAGAGGAAACGUUCCCUGGACUGCUGACCAACCAGCUUUCACACUGGUAGACCAAAGAUGACUACAGACGGAUGGACAUUAGUGAAGCGUAUGUUGAUAUUUGACAACCACUAGAGGGAGCUGUACUCUUUACUUGGAGCCAUGCUGGAUUGUUGUUGGGUUCCGGGCUCAACUGGUACAACGGACAAUGAGUCAAUGGGAAAAUGAACCGCUUGCUUUCUAAAUCUUUUAACCACAUUCAGCUGUACAAAAUGUCCUUAUCUUUUAGUUUCUUAGUGCCUUUAUUGUCAGUAAAAUGUCGUUUUUGACCUGGUGCUUACUGGGAGUGACUUCAGGGAGGGCUGCAGACACAUAACUUAUUAAAUUAACUGUGCCAACAAAGAUUUCAAGAGAAUUAGGAAUAGCCUCAAAACAAGGCUGCGGUCGAAUAGUAAAAAUAAAAAUUACGUCUUUUCCCAACUGCUCUUCCUUGACCUCAAUGCAAAACGUCAUGAGGUCAAGGCAAGAUGUGAAGACAACUGCGGUGUUUAGAGAAUCCAACAGUACACUAGGCUAUGUCAUCAUGCCACGGUGGAUGUUUUAACGUGGGUUGGCUGUGGUGACAUUACAGUGUUUCAAAGAUGACUACUUAUAGUUCAUCUAAGAAACUUUAAUUGUGCGUUUUCACUUGUUUUAUGCAGGUUUUCUAAACGUGGAAAACCCAGAAAAAAAUAUUACUUCAUUACCAAGGUUGGAAUUGAAAUAGAAAAAGGAAUACCAGUUACAAAAGUAAAACAAAAUGGUUUUCACAUUGAAAACAGUUGCUCACCCUCCUGUCCGCUGUUAUUUUAUAGACAUGAAUCCCAAUUAGUAGAAUAGUAUGAAAAUAAUUGCUGAAUUAGAAAAAAAAGUUAAAUAGAUCUAAAUGUAAGAUAUGCACAUUGAUAGUUUUUGUGCAGGGCCGAAUGGUGCGUUGCUUUACAUGUUGCUGUCAUAAGGAAUUGUGGGACAUCAUUAUUUAUUUUCCUUUUGUAAAGGAUGGUUCAGUGUACCCUAUGCUAAAGGAGAUAAGAAAGGAAGCAUCCAUCUUUAGCAUUUAGAGAAUUCGACCAGCUCUUAUCACAGCUGCCACUUACAUACUUCUGGGUCACUUCACUCAGUUAAGAACCUUCCUAAAGCCUACACAUGAUAACCGGUUUGCUCACUGCCCACCGCUAGGUUAGACUGGAAAUCCAGACCUAAAUCCAAAAGAUUAAGGGUCUGGCGUUGAGUAAUCAAAGUCGCCCAUCUCGAUGGGCAGAACCAAGCGUACAUUUGAAAAUCUCACUGCACGCAAUUGGUUAACACUACGACCAAUCACACCACGCGGGGUGACGUAUCCAGAACCCCAUACACUUAGCUACUGUAGUCAUCUGUUUAGCUCACCUCUGGCCCAUCUAUAUCAGAUACACCGAUGUGAUUGGUGCAGCUCGGCUACAAGGGUAUAGUUAAUGAGCAGUAUUACUCGAUGCCAGAGUAACUCGCUGAGCAAAUUCAAAUUGUGCUCUCACGAGAACUCUGGAUUUCCAGGGUAUUGCUAGUAAGGACGCAGAGUAAAGCGCAGGUUUACAUCAAGAGUGGCAACUGGCAACAAAGCUAUUUCCUGUUACUAGUUAAUAGCAAGUUUGUUAAUAUGUUAUGCUUAUACACAAACCUUGUAAUCCCAUCUGACUGCUGACAUUACGCCAUGUGUAAGUUUUCUUAACGAGCUCGAGAUACAUCAUCUUUAAAAAGGUGUUGUACAGUUCAGGGAACUCCGAGACACACAGGAUGAGCUUUUCUUUGUUUUGCCGGUAUAUGUAUGUCUCUUCUGGCUAAGUCACGUACAGCUGUUGUCACAUUGGUUGCGCUUUCGAUCAGGUCAGAGGCAUCUAGGUCAAAGUUGAAAUAAUUUGAACUUUGAGCGCAGCACGGAAAAUCCGAUCGGUGUGCGACGCCAGGGAUAGCACAGCACAUGGUUGUGCGGCACCGCUCUUCCCAUAGGAACUCAACGGAACGGCUAGCACAGCGGUUUAUCAAAAAACACUAUUCAAUCGCAGCCCAAAAUCCAUGAGAUGAGACCUUCACCCUUAUAUUGUGUUUGCUUGGGAGAGAUCACCACGUCUACUGCUUAACCUGGUGCUACAACUGAAUAUUGCACUGAUGUUUCCCCCAAAACAGUUCAAUUCAAAAGUGGGGUGUUUAAAAUCCCAUUUGAUUUCCACUGUAUUGGAUAGUUAAAGGUUUUAACUAGAAACUCAAAACAAAUGCAGUACAUGAUUAUAAUUACUGUAGCAUGGUGCAAUCUACAACAAGAACACAACUGACAAGACAAAUAAUUCCUGUUUUUAUAAAGACUAUUUAACUUUCUACAACUUGCAACCAAAACUGUAAUAUAGACUACCUAAAGUUGGAUUUAUUUUUUUCAUUUACCCCACAGCAGAUUAAUCGAAUAGUUGCUUGGAAAUGUUCCCUGCAGUAUUUUUGGACAAGUUGUAAAGGUUUUCAGUCCUGGAUUGUCAAAAUUAAGUGGGAACGUGCUUCUUUUUUUUUGUUUUUUUCUUCAAGGUUUUUAUGUUCCACAUACUUGAGCUUGCUUUUGAAAAAGUUUUAUUUAUUGAUUUCUUUUGGGGGGUUAUUACAGUAGACACACAUUCUCAUCUUCAUGAUCUGAGCAUCCCCUCAGCUUCUUUCUCAAUGUCUGAGUUUUGUUACAAUAUUAACUAUGAUAUCAUUGUUGAUGUACUGUAAAAGCCACAGAUGUAAGUGACAAUGCCUCUUCAUUGUUUUGUGAAUUAGUUUUUUUUAAUGUGACAAAAUCAAGGAACCUUCAAUUUAAAAGAGUACUUGUUGCUUGCUGUCUGACUGGUUAUAUUGUAUGUAUGCAAGAUUAUAGUUAUAUUGUAUGUAUGCAAGGGUGAAUGCAGAAAAGCAUUGCAUUUCAAAAUAAAUAUUGGUGAAAGCUGA